AUGAACAAUCAAAAGCACCUCCGAGUCGACAUGACACUCCAGAACAUCAGUCCAUCUCCCGCUCAGACUCGUCCGUGUCUGAUCUAUACCGGCCCUUUCAUGGGAUUUAAGUCGAGGUGUUUUCUUCGCUGUGUCGUAUUCACUCUUACUAAUGUGGGAAUAGCAACUCACCCCAACUCACUUUUGUACAGGUUGACAUUGCUGGAUAUAGUGACUGCUCACACCGUCCUGCCAGGGCGUGAUGACACUGCACUGUUACUCGAAGCAGCAAUGCGGAGCCAAGGAUGGAUGGGAGGCAGGAUGGAAGAGAAGCAGAGAGCAUUGGAUGAACAACUUAAACGUAAAGGAAGACAGAAAAGCGUACACGAGAAUAUCUCAAAAGUGCUUGGCCUACAGAAUCAAUGGUGGGAUUCCUGCGAGGAAGAUGAAGGUUUCUCGUCAGAUGAUCCUGAUGGCGAGGAUGAUCAACUUGAUGAAGAAUUGUAUGUGAGUCACAUAUCCUCUGAAAUUCCAGUUGCGGUGCCUUACCUUGUUAUGGAGACUCUGAAACUAGACUUUACAUCUAUGCUCGCAUGGUCUCCAUAAGAACUUUCACAUAUUUUCGACGCAGUUAUCACAACCUGCCAU